AUGAAUCUGGUCUUCUUUGCUUGCUCGGAAUUGCUUGCUCGGAACAGGUAUGUCAUGAGUCUGUUAAAAUGUUGGGGUUGGGGAUGAUUUACAGUGGAAACGAAAUCUCGGGCAAAUGUUGGGGACAGUUUGGCGAUUAGGCAUUUCCUGAUUAUUACUCGAGUUCUUCUUGCGGUGCGUUAUCAAAUUUAGAGGUAGGCAAGGAUCUUGUUGAGAUUAUUCGCCACUGUUCAAGAUUUAGGUGUCCAUGCUUGUGCUAAUUGAUUCUUCUAUUUGGUUUGGUAUGAUAGCAUGUUUUGCAAUUUUGCUGCAAGUGAAAAAUGUGGGGAGAUACGAGGAUCAUGUAUUGGCAGUGGUUGCUGACAUAUUUUGGCAAGAAAUCUUGAUGCCAAAAUGUAUCAAUUUCCAGUGUAGAUCAAUGGUGUUAUAGGGGAAGUUAAUCUGAAUGUUUGCUCGGGAUUACUUGGCCAGACAUGCAUCAUCUGUUGCCUGAAAGCCUGAAACUGGCUCUGAAGCCUCAAAACUCAAUUCAUAUGAAUAAUUGGCAAGAGUAGAAAGGAUUUGGAUGACUCAACAUUUCAAUCUUGUUAGCCUUUUCACCUUUGCUAAUCCAAAAUGUGUGAUCUUGAUGCUAAUUCUGUGGAGCAGGAGAAACUAUCGCAAGUAAAGGUUGUAGUAAAGGUGAAACCCAAGCAGGACGAACUAGGUAUAAACUGGAGUCAGAUCAAGAACAAGAUUUUUCGUAGAGAAGGAAGGGAAAUAUGUUCGGAACAUGUGAACCACCAGACGCAUCCCAUCACUGAAGUCAGAAGACAUCAUAGGCUUGAUUCUGACGAGGCGAACCAUCUUGAUGCAUAUUCGGAAUCUAGAUCGGUGAUUGGAGAUGGGGAGUGUUUCUACAGGAGCUUCAUAUUUUCGUACCUUGAGCAAGUUAUUGAUAGGCAGGACACAAAUGAGGAAAACCGUCUCCUUCAUGUUGUUGAAAGAAUGUCUAUGCGACAUGGAGAUCUUCAAUGGAACUCUGAGUUUUGCAGGAGCAGCAAAGCAUUUAGGAAUCUGAUCAAGAAAAUAAUGAGAUGGAAGAGACAUGGCAGAGAAUCAAGUAGCAGGUUUUUGACUCGCUUGGUUUUCUGCAAUUCCAUCAUAGUAUUGUGGCCGAAUGCAUUCCAUCUCACUGACAUAAUAUGUGCCAUUUUUAGCCGCCGUAAAGAGAAACUUCUCGAGUUCUUCAGCGAGUAUGAUACGACACUAGACAUUAUCAUUUUCCUCAGAUUAGUAGUAGCUAUCCAGAUGUGCUCGCACAGGGAGGUGUAUGAACCGCUUAUACCAGGGCUCAGAGGAAAUUACAAUCUGGAAGAUUGGUGCUUUUGGCGCGUCGCUCCAGCUUGUCGGUCUACGGAUCAUGUUAUGAUGGUGGCCUUGGCCAGAGCGCUUGAGGUCCCCCUCAGAGUGGAGCGAGUCCGAGGAGGAUAUGAUCCAGAUAUCUACACUGGUCCUGGAGUUCCCCGUCCGAGAGUGACCCUGCUGUACUCGGCAAAUCACUACGAAAUCAUCUACCCGCGUGCUCCUUCUGCUGAGAGUUCAAGUCAUCAGGCUUCCCAGAGAGAACAUGCUGCUGAUCAGGGUUCAAGUCAACAGACUACCCAGAGAAAACAUCCUGCUGAUCAGAGUUCAAGUCACCAGGCUUCCCAGAGAGAAGAUCAUGCUGAUCAGAGUUGAAGUGAAUAGAUUCCGCUGGAUUAAAGUUGAGUUGGGCUGCUGCCUAUGAAUGAGAGUGUUUCCGAGAUUAGUGGUAGGCAUAUUAUCCUCCAGAUAUCUACAUGGAGUGAUGAAGUUGGGGUAGGCAUAGCAUAUACACUUGUGCGUUCUUCUUUGAUAGGAAGAAAAACUUGUGUUGUUGUUUGAAUUGUUGGCUGGUAUACAGUGAAUCUUGUGUGAUCAGACUGAAUUUCUUGUUAUAUUGCCAGCUGGUGUAUAAUAGAUCUCCCAUGCAGAAAUCCUACAUAUGAAUGAAUACAGUAAUGAAGCAGA